GACGAUAGGUAAGAAUAACAAGAUGAUCCAGCACAUAAACUAUCGUGUGCGGAUCACCCUGAACGACUCUCGAACGUUUAUUGGCACGUUUAAAGCCUUCGAUAAGCAUAUGAACAUGAUUUUGGGCGACUGUGAAGAGUUUAGAAAAAUCAAACCCAAAAAUUCCAAAGUUGAACGGGAGGAAAAGCGAGUACUUGGCUUUGUGUUAUUGAGAGGCGAAACUGUUGUUUCUCUGACUGUAGAAGGACCUCCGCCACCAGAAGAGGGACUGCCUAGAGUACCGAUUCCAGGAGCAACUUCUGGACCAGGCAUUGGCAGAGCUGCAGGUCGAGGAAUGCCUGCAGGAAUGAGCGGAGUCCCUGUAGGAUUACAAGGUCCAGUCAGAGGUGUAGGCGGGCCAUCUCAGCAAGUGAUGACGCCUGGAGGAAGAGGUCAAAUGGCGGGUCCACCACAAAUGAACCACGGUCCACCUAGAAUGGGAGCACCUCCACCAGGAAUGAUGGGCGGUCCACCACCUGGUAUGAUGGGCAUGCCUCCAAAUGCCAUGGGCAUGGGCAGAGGUGGUCCACCACCGCCACCAAUGGGAAUUAGAGGUCCCCCACCUGGUAUGAUGAGAGGGGGACCUCCUGGACCACCAAGAGGAUAUUAG